UACCAGGGACACUCGGUGCCCGGAAGCCCACUUCCUGCCCCUCCAAUCGGGGUCACACCGGGAUACCGGUCAGGUCCAGAAGACUUAAUCGCCCUGCGAGCACUGAGAACACCCUGACCGAGGGUCACGAAUACCCCAGGAAAAACACGCACCUGCGUAGGUGCAGGGUCACAGCAGCCGCCUGCGCGCACGCGCGGGUCGCCCAUCCGGGCGGUUGGGCCGCGUCACGUGACGGGCUUGGCGCUCCGCCGUCACGUGACGCCCGUCCGCAGCCUCUGCUCUCCUCGGCUUGCGCCCCCUUCCGCCUGACGCGCCCCCGGCGGCGGCCGCGCAGCCCUGGCUCCUAGCGGGCUCGGGCGGCGGCUGCGGCGGGGCUAUGGCGAGCGGCGGAGGCGGUGGUAACACCGGCGCAGGUGGGGGCCCGGGGCUGGGCUUGGGCCUAGGUCUGGGCCUCGGCAUGGGUGAGGCCACCGGCGAGGCGGAGGAGGAGGCGGCCACGGCCGAGGCGGUGGGACGCCUGGCCACGACGCUGUGGCUGCGGCUCCGCGGCUGGGAGGCGGUGCUGGCGGCGGCGCAGCGGCUGCUGGUGUGGGAGAAGCCGCUGCACAGCCUGGUCACGGCGGCCGCGCUCAACGGCCUCUUCUGGUUGCUGUCUUCGUCGUCCCUCCGGCCUUUCUUCCUACUCAGCAUCUCACUUUUGGCUUACUUUCUGCUGGAUCUCUGGCAACCUCGCUUCCUCCCUGAUGUUUCAGCAUCAUCCCCUGAGGAGCCACACUCUGACAGUGAGGGUGCGGGGUCAGGCGCCCGGCCGCACCUGCUGAGUGUGCCCGAGUUGUGCAGAUACCUGGCUGAGAGCUGGCUCACCUUCCAGAUUCACCUGCAAGAGCUGCUGCAGUAUAAGAGGCAGAAUCCAGCUCAGUUCUGUGCUCGAGUCUGCUCUGGCUGUGCUGUGCUGGCUGUGCUGGGACACUAUGUUCCGGGGAUUAUGAUUUCGUACAUUGUCUUGCUGAGUAUUCUGCUGUGGCCCCUGGUGGUUUAUCAUGAGCUGAUCCAAAGGAUGUACACUCGCCUCGAGCCCUUGCUCAUGCAGCUGGACUACAGCAUGAAGGCAGAAGCUGAUGCCCUGCAUCACAAACACGACAAGAGGAAGCGGCAAGGGAAGAACGCACCCCCAGGAGGUGAUGAGCCACUGGCAGAGACAGAGAGUGAAAGCGAGGCCGAGCUGGCUGGCUUCUCCCCAGUGGUGGAUGUGAAGAAAACAGCAUUGGCCUUGGCAAUUACAGAUUCAGAACUGUCAGAUGAGGAGGCCUCUAUCUUGGAGAGUGGUGGCUUCUCUGUAUCCCGGGCCACGACUCCACAACUGACAGAUGUAUCUGAAGACUUGGACCAGCAGAGCCUGCCAAGUGAGCCAGAGGAGGCCCUGAGCCGGGAGCUGGGGGAAGGAGAGGAGGCAGAGCUGGCCCCUCCUGAAGAUCUGCUAGUCACCCCACCGGCCCCCUCAAGGCAAGCCCUGGACUUGGAAGAAGGGGAGGAAGAAGAUGUAGCAGCCAAGGAAACCUUGCUUCGGCUCUCAUCCCCUCUUCACUUUGUGAACACGCACUUCAAUGGGGCAGGGUCCCCCCAGGAUGAAGUGAAGUGCUCCCCUGGAGGACCAGUGGAGACGCUGAGCCCAGAAGCAGUGAGUGGUGACCUCACAGCUCCGCCCAGCACCCUGUUACCCCCACUUUGCCUUGCUGAAAGUGACCUAGUCCCCUUCCCUUCCCCCUCUGUGGUCCCACCUCUUCCCCAGGACUCACCCCAACCCCUGCCUGCCCCUGAGGAAGAGGAGGCACUUGCCACUGAGGACUUUGAAUUGCUGGAUCAGGGGGAGUUGGAGCAACUGAAUGCAGAGCUGGGCUUGGGGCCAGAGACACACCCAAAGCCCCCUGAUGCUCCACCCCCUCCUCCCUUGGGGCCAGACACCCAUUCUUUGGUACAGUCAGACCAAGAGGCCCAGGCCAUGGUAGAGCCAUGAGCCAUGGGGAAAGAGCUGCAGGCACAGUAGGCUUCCUGGCUUGGGGUAUUGCUCUUUCCUCCUUUCCCUGCCACUCUGGGGUGGGGCAGUGUGUGGGGAAACUGGCUGUCAAUUGGUAGCCAGUCUACCCUCUACCUGCCUGCCUGCUGUCCUAGGCUUGGUGCAACACCUGUGCCUGGAACUGGUUUUAAGUUUGUAAAUAAUUUUCCAUUUGGGUUAGUGGAUGUGAACAGGGCUAGGGAAGUCCUUCCCACAGCCUGCACUUGCCUCCCUGCCUCAUCUCUAUUCUCAUUCCACUAUGUCCCAAGCCCUGGUGGUCUAGCCCUUUUUUUCCUUCUAUCCUCAGGGACCUGUGCUGCUGUGCCCUCAUGUCCCACUUGGUUGUUUAGUUCAGGCACUUUAUGAUUUUUCUCUCCUGUCCUGCAUUCCCCUUAGCUUUGUUUCCCUGCUAUGUCCUGUCCUUAGCAGUGCAACCCUUUGCCAUCUCCUUCCCACAGGUACUGGCCAAGUGCGGUUCCUGGUCUGGGAGGUAAAAAGAGUAAUCCUGGAGUGGUGGGUCAGGCCAGUCGUUCUGCAUUUAGGUUGCUGCAGUCUCUAAAAGCUUCACUGCACCCUUGCCCUAGUUCAGCCUUUUCAUGAUGCAGGAGAGCAGGGUCCCACAGCACGUGUUGGUGCUGGGGGUAUGAGCAUGUGCUCUUGUCUUGUUGAGACAAGGGGCUUCCUUACUGUCCUAGGGAGGAAGAAGGAAACCUGUUCCCCUGGGCCAUGGGUGGGACCCCCAUUAGGGUCAGGAGGUAAAUAGUAACAUCUGUGCAGGUGUCAAUUGGAAAAAUAAAGUGUUGAUUGGCUAGAACUGCUGCCUGCUUACCUGCCUGCCUCACUGUGAGCUGCCUCCCACACUGCGUGUUUUCCCCUCCUCACCCUUACCCCCUUCUCCCCAGUCUUGCUUCUGGCUGUUCAUUUAUCUUGGUGCGAAACAAGGCCAGAAAUGAGGAUUACCCUGACACCCUAACUGCCCUUCAGCCAUCUUUCUGACCAUGUGAUAUGUUUAGUGAGACUUAGCAUGUGUGAAUAAAGUGUAUGCAGGAGGAAACUGCCUUGUCUUCCCAAUUAGUAGAAAUUUGGAGCCAUAAAAUUUGUUUUCUGCCAUGUUGCUUACAUCCUUAACACUAUCCUCUUAAGAAGUCAUCCAUCUACGUGCUAACAGCUUGCUCAGCCCUGACGUAUCUAUACUGGGCAGGCGAAACAAUAAUGCAUCUAUACAUACUCUGUCAACGGAUUGAAAGCCAAGAAAUACUAAAGAAAUAGUACCUAACAUUUUUCAAAGCAUAAUAAGUGCUUGGCACCAUUCAAAGUGAUUUACAUGUAUUAAUGUGUUUUUUCCUUGCUAUUCAAGAUAUAUCCUGUUAUUCACUCCAUUUUACAGAUCGGUUAACUUUCCUGAAGGUAACAAGGCCCAGUAAAUGGUGGAGUCAGAUCCAAACCCACGUGUUUUGACUCCAGCAAAUACACUUGAAUAGUCAGUCCCUCUCCAUCAAUAGGAUACAAAAAGGAAGUUGCUGAAGGAUGAGGGAACUGUAGAGCAAUCUAAUACCUUGGCUUCACAAAGGUUGGACUCAUGCAGUCCUCCCUCUUUUGGGAAACAAAGCCCAGAACUGAGCAACUAGUCUGAGUUCAUCUCCUUAACCUUCAGCUGCAGGCACCAUAUGGCAAUGCUGUCUUUUUGAGGUUGACUUCUAUGCCUCAUCUCUCCUGUGGGAAUUUUCCAUUUGUUCGGCAUUUACCGUCUUUCAGGGUUGACCGAGACCCUGUCCUAUGCCACUGAAGGAAUGUGAAAUCAUCAUUAUCUAUAGAUUUCAGAAGAGAAUGGAGAUCAGUUCUAAUCAACAGGCAAUUCCAGAACAGAAUUAACUAGACUGGCUGCCAAAUGCUCCACCUUAACUUUGUAAGUUUGGAGCUCCGUAAGGGCCCAUUAUUGCCUUGGUCUGAUGGUUGCUACAUAUUUGUCUAUUUUUUCCAUCAUCAGGUGUCCUGGCCAUUUUGUGUACCAUGAUGAAAAGCACAAGAAGACAACUUUUCCUAUAUGUGAAAGAAAAAUAAGCAGAAAUGUGAAACCUAUCAUUAGGCUAAACAAAAAUUAACAAUGGAAGUACAGGCUUGAAGAAAAAGGGUUGGCUACAUGUUUAUGUUGUGGUAGGAAACAGUGUACUUUAUGUAUCCAAACAGCUAACAGUGUAACUUGGCUGCUCAAAUUAAUUUAACUUUAGUCUGCAUUAAUAGAAUUGUAGUCUUCAAAACAAGGAAAGUAGUAACUUCUGUAUUGAGCACAAGUUAAAAUACUGCUGAAGAAGUGUUUGCUAUGCAGUGUGCUCAGGAGAACUGUUGAAGGAAUUGGGAAAUGUUUAAUCCAAGAAGAGAGCCUAGUUGGGUCAGGUUUAGCUGCCUUCAAAUUGUGAUAGUUUGUAAGGUUUCAGAGGGCAGAAAUUAAAUCUUUGAGUAGCCUUAGAUUGAUAAUGGAAUUUAGUUUUCUGGUCGAGGGAUACUAUAAAACAUUUAAUUUUUUUUUUCUCUUUGUGGAACUGGGGAUUGAACCCAGGGCAGCACAGGACACUGAACUAAAAGUACUCCAGCCAACAAAUGAUCUUUAAAACACAAUGGUCAAGUUCUAACGACAGUCUUAUCGUGGAAGAACAUUACAUUACCAUGCCAUUUUUCUUUUAGUUUCUGUCUAAAGGUUGCUUGGACUUUUCUCUCCCUCCACCUGUUUCCCUAACUGUUGGUAAUAUCGUUGGGUGUCACUAGCUGGCAUUCUUUGUAUUCUGCUUAUUCAUCCUAGGCAAUUUCACAUAUUUACCUAUUGGUUUCCACUUAUUUGCUGAUAACAUCUAAAUCUUAGCUCCUUUUCCAGAACUUCCAACUAAGCAUCUCCAGUUGAAAGUCCCAUGGGUGCCUUCUGCUCAACAGAUGGAAAACAACUCAUUCUUUUUCUACUCUGUACUCUACUCCCCACUUCCCUCAAACCAAAGGCUUCUUCUGAAUUUUCUAUCUUGUUUGUUGGCACCACUAAUCAUGACCACCUACUUGUCCCUCAUCCUACAGCCAGUGGUUCUCCAGUUGCUGCCAAUUUGGUCUCCUAAUCACUUUUUGUCCGCCACCUCCAUCACAGUCCCGAUUCACAUCCUCUUCAUCUCUGGACAGUUUACCUGCCCACAUUCUCAUCCCCCACCCCAAAUGAACACUUCUAAAAAUGUCUAUUAUUUUUGGUUGCCAGGGACUGAACUCAGGGCCUCUACUGUUGUGCUACAUUCCCAGCCCCUAGAUUAUUUAACAAUAUAAAUUUGACAAACUUUCUGCCAUUUAAUAUUUAUUAACCAAAGGCUUAUCUACAGGAUUAUAAAUUCAAGCUCCCUGAUAGAGUUGUCUGACACUGGGCAUAUAGGCUCUUGUUCGUAUUGCAAGCAGCUCCAGAGGCUGAAGCAGGAGGAUCAAGUUCAAGAUGGCUUCAGUGAUUUAGUGAAACCCUUAGCAAAUUAGACCAUAUCCCAAAAUGAAAAAUAAAAAGGACUGGGGUCAUAGCCCAGUGGUAAAACACCCCUUCCCCACUACUCAGCUGUGCUACUUACUUGCUGUAUACCGCAUACACCCCAUGCACCCCAAGCCUGCACAGCACAGCACCUCAGCUAGGGUGUGCCCUCCUCUCAAGUGCUGGGGAUCAAACCCAGGGUCUCAUGCAUGCUAGGCAAGUACUCUGCCACUGAGCUACAUCCCUAGCUUCUCGCUUUUUUAUUUUUUUUGAUACUUGGAAUUGAACGGGGGUCCGGGGCGCUCUACCACCUGAGCUACAUUCCCAGGUCUUUUUGUUUGUUUGUUUUUAAUUUUAAAACAGGGCUUUGCUAAUUUGCUGAGGGUCUCACUAAGUUGCUGAGGUUGGCCUCAAACUUGUGAUCCUCCUGCCUCAGUUUCCUGAGUUGCUGGGAUGACAGGCAUGUGACACUGCACUGGCUCUUUACUUACCUUUUAAGAUGUCUUUGGGCCACACUUCAUCGACAGACCUGCUCUGAUCUCCCAUACCACUCCCAUUCCCAUAUCAGUCCUGCUCUUCUAGUGUUCCUAUGGUAUCUUAGGCAUACUUUUGUCUUUCCACAUAUUACAUAGAAUUUUCAUAUGUUCUCUAUGUAUGUAGCCAUAACUUUGAACUGUUCAUUCUUGAAGGCAGAGCCUGUUUUAUUCAUCUGGAUAUCCCCCAAAUCUACCACAGUGCUUGACACAUAGUAGAUGCUCAAUAAAUGUGUAUUGGACUAAACUGAACAAGUACACUGUAAUAACUAGUUCCAACUUUUGAAGCAGACAGUGUAAAUAGAAUUUGGUGGUUGGUAUGUCUGUUUA